AUGCCACGGGAAGAGGCUCACUUCGGUUACCCCAGGAAGGGCCACAGCCGCUCUUACGUCACCGCUGAAGAGGCUGCAGGGAUUGGCAUCCUGACUGUGGUCCUGGGAAUUGCUCUGCUCAUCGGUUGCUGGUAUUGUAGAAGACGAAGUGGAUACCGAACCUUGACGGAAAAAAGGCUACAUGCUGGUACUCAAAGUAUCCUGAAGGGAAGAUGCCUGAGUGAGCAAAACUCAUGUGAUGGUCUUGGUCAUCAGGACAGCCCACAGUCUUUUCAAGAAAAAAACCAUCAGCCUGUGGUUCCCAAUGCUCCACCUGCCUAUGAGAAGCUCUCUUCAGACCGGGCGCCACCACCAUAUGCACCCUGA